ACACAUCUCAGCUACACAGCAGCUACACACACAAAAUUCCAAAACACAUCAUCAUGUGCCAGAACAAGAUCAACACCAACAACACCAUGACCAUCAAGUCGAACAAGAAGCUGUCCUACAGCGUGAAGAAACUGCUGCAGAAGAUCUUCAAGCAGCAGCAGCGCGUCGAGGAGGAGCAGAAUCUGAAGAACGCCCUCAAGGCCAACUCCUUGGAGUCCCUCGAAUCCAUGGAGAACAGCCGCAACGCCGAUCUGGAGUCCGCCUCCAUUUGCGCCUCCCUGGAGUCCUGCGAGAACGAGGCCAACGAGCGUCUCUCCCAGUCCUGCGAAAUUGAGGACUACGAGUUCGAGCAACUGCCCACCGUGCCCGUUCACUUCGUCCGCACCGCCCACGGCACCUUCUUCUGGACCGCCGUCUCCGAUCUGCCAGCCGACAACGACCUCGUCGAGCCCCUCUACUGCAGCACCUCCAACGCCAUCGCCAUCCCCCAGGACCGUUGGGUUCAGGCCUAA